GAGAAAGAGAAAGAAAAAAGAUUUCCAUUCCAGAGAUAUACGGUUCUUCUGGGCUAUCGGCAACUUUUUCCCCUAAUCGAUAUCGAUAAUUUCUAGAGAUAAGAAUUUCCAGACACAUUUACAUUCGUUUGAAUAGAAACGACCUUUCUUGCAAUUCGAGGACAUACAAAGUAACAUACCACACUACCCACCAUACUACCAUACCACCAUACCAUACAUAUUACAUACAAGUGGUCGUGUCGACGAAAGUGGGGUUUGGAUCUUUGGGAUUGGCCAUUUAUCGUCGAGCUAUCUUGCUUCACACCGCUGCUGCAUGUGAAGGAGUCAUUGAGUUCCUGAAGAUCUUUUUGCUGGUGGAAAAGUAAAAAAAAAAGAGUCUCGAUACGUUGAGAGAUUGUUUUGAUACAUACCAUCUUUUUGCGUCGUACAAUCUUUUGGCUCGAGUUCAUUACUCCGACAAUAUUCAUAUACAUACAUAGCUUCGACUUCAUCUAUCAUACAACCACAACACCCCACAGUCGACAAAAUGCGGAUCUCCAAAGGAAACCCGCAACUCCUCUCACUUCUCCUCCUCACCCUCUCCAAUACCUCCCCGGUAUCCGCAGGUCCCUUCCCUAAAGAUGAUAUUCACGAUCUCGGUUUCUCAUACCUUAUGGACCGCGCUUGCGCUUCCUACUGCGGUGCCGACAAUCAAUAUUGUUGUACUGCCGGCCAAGCCUGCUACACUUCCUCAGGGAACGUAGCUUACUGUUCUGCCUCUACUGCUGGCUCCGGUGGCUGGGCAGUCUACACAACCACCUACACCGAAACCGAUUUGUUAGUCGGAACAAGCACAUACAGUUCAUACUAUGCCACCACCACAUCCGGAGGCGCCGCUGCCAUCUGCGAUACUAGUUCGGGCGAGACUUCCUGCGGAACAAUCUGUUGUGCCAGCGAUCAGAUGUGUGAAUACAGUGGACAAUGUACUGCUAGAACAAGUCUGUGGUCCUACACUGCGACUUCUGGUACCUACUCCGCUCCUGUUCGUCCAACGGGUGCCGCAACAUCUACUGCUACUGUAUCAGCCACAACUACCGAGCCCUUCAUCCCACCUGCUACUGCAAGUGGAAGCACCUUACCCAUCACAAGCGAUAGCUCGAAUAACUUGAGUGGAGGCGCUAUCGCGGGUAUUGUCAUCGGUACGAUUCUCGGAGUCAUUCUAUUGCUACUCUUGUGUUUCUGCUGUAUUGUCAAGGGACUCUGGGAUUCCGUUCUCGCUCUCUUUGCUGGUGGAUCCAGAAGACGCGAAGGCGGUACUCGUACCGAGCGUAUCGAGACCGUAGAGCGUUACCACAGACAUGGAUCUACGGCCGGCGGAGCAGCGAUGGGAGGAGCUGCCGCAGCUCGUAGAGAAAACAAUGGAUGGUUCGGGGGCGCACGAACCGAUAAACCAACGAGAGUUGUAGAGACUAGGAAGAAGCAGAGUAGUGGAAUGGGAGGAAUGGGUGCUGUGGGUGCGGGAUUGGUAGGCUUAGCGGCGGUGUUGGGAUUGAAGAAGAAGGAGGCUGAGAGGAGGGAUGAGAAGAGGAGACCGGGGCCUACGGCGACGGUGACAGAUAUUAGCAGUACCUACUAUACUGAUAGUUACACUGGGACGAGUGCUAGUUCCGCGAGCUCGGAUAGGAGAACGAGAGAUACGAGGAGAGAUAGAGAAAGGAGCGUCAGGAGAUAAACUCUCGUUUCCUAUCUUAUCUUUGACGAUCUAGUCUAUUCUCACUACACUAGAUCAUCUGGAUUUAUUUGGAGAUAAUCUCAUACAGAGUACAUACUCAUGAGAGGUUAUCCAUCCUCUCACACAACAAAAGCAACACACAGCACCAACCGAAAAAAAAAACAUACACGAAUGAAAUAUACGAAUUUAAGAGAUUCAAGAUAUUUUUCCGGCAGGCAUUAGCGAUUUGAUUCAUUUCUCUGGCGUUAUUUGAUUUAUUUUUUGUUUAUACUUUUCCUUUUCCUUGUUUUUGCAUUCCAUUUCACUUCCUGCUUCUUUCCUAUUCUUGCUAUGUCUAAGGAUUGAGGAAGAGGAAGAAGAGGUGAUUAUGCACGAGGAAUGAUGAAUGAAUGGAUGAAUGGGUGGCUGGCUAGCAAGAUUAACUCGCAAACUUCAAAUCAUGCUUGUAUAUGUGUUACGAAAGCAUGAAAGCGUUUAUAUCAAUUUGAGCAUGCGUGCAUAGUAUGAGAUGAGAUGAGGGGAAGGGUAUCGGGGUGCUUUUGUAUUUUUAUGACUUUUGUACGAAGGGAUGAAUGAGGAAAGGGGAAACGAAAUGAAAUGAAAUGGGCGGCAACAGGGGCAGGUUGGGUAUAAUGAAUGUGUGAUGAGCGGAACGGAUAAUGGAUUCGGAGGUUGGGUAUGGGGUGAUUGAAUGAAUGGAUGGAUGUGUAUGUAUGAGGAGGGGAGGGAAAGUUAGACAUACGUACGUACAUACAUACAUGCGUGCAUAUACAUUGAGUAAAUGUAUACAGCGAAUUCUACGAAUGAAAACUCAAAUUAAAAAGGUUAC